UUCUCACCCUCCCCAGUUCAUUCAUCCCGAAAUCCCCACCCCAUCCGUCCAUACCCUAGCCGCCAGUCUUCUCGUCUCUCUCAUCGGCGGCGGUGGUGUCCCCUCCCCUCAUCUCCUCCUCGCAAGAUCCAGUGUGCCGGCGUGCCAGCGCCUCCACCCGUCUGACGGUGACGGCCUGACGGGCGAUGCGCUGGGCGGGCCUCCGUCGGCACGAGUUCCUCUCAGCCGGGCGGCCCUAGCAGCUCACGGCCCCACCAUCUGGCAGGUAGCCGGCGCCGGAGCAGCAGUGCCUUCUCCUUUGACGGGCAACACGCCUACACGGCAACAAGGCCCGCUCCUUCGGCACCGCGACCCAUCUCCUCCCUUCGCUCCCCCAGCGCCCGCCGCUCUCCACACGGUCGGCCCGUGCGCCGGCCUCCACGCUCCCCUGCCCAGCUGCAGGUCGAGUCCGGCUGGUGCGGCAGCACCCUCCCUUCCCACGACUUCUCUGUUCUUUCUCUCGGCCUCGGUCUUCCUUUCCUAGCGGCGACGACAGGGCGAGUUGCGCUGCCCGUUGUUCGUCGAGCGACGGGCGCUUCGCCGGCGACGAACAUCCGACAGGGUUAUUGGGUGUACAUGUGUACACCUAUGUCCUAUACUGGUUCCGCCCCUGGAAUGAAUUUGCAUGCUGCUUAGAGUGCUGUAUUAAAGUCUAAUUGGGAUGGGUUCAUUAUGCUGCGUGGCAGCGCGGCCACAUGGGACUAGCACAGCGAACCGGGAGUGGUCUUCUAUUGGCCGAAGCGAUCCGACCUGGCGGACUAAUGCUGGCUUCUCCCCACCUGUGUCUAGGGGGUGGGAGUACAGGAUCAAUUCGGAAGGGUUGUCUUAUGGAUCCCAUGGUGAUAGCGGGGUUGCUGCGAAUUAUGGAUCAUCACUAUCAUCAAAUAGUAAAGAGGCUAGUAGGAGCUGGGAGAGGAAUGAACUCCCGCAAGAGCACCGUUACUCUACAUCUGAGGGUGCCAUUUCGUAUUUCAACAGCCCAGACGUCAGCUUCCAGAACCAGCAUGUUAUGCUGCCCAUGCUGCAAGAUUCUAGCGUUGAUGAAUACAUGAGAGUUUCAGUUUCUGAGCCGAUUGGUGCUUUAUUGUUGUCAGAGGGAAUAUCAGGACAGCAGAAUAGUGGUGGUUCCACCUCCUCUCGUUCUGAGGGAAGUGAAUAUGAUAUAGUACCUAAAUCAUACUCAUCAACGCCCCGCAACUUCCCAAGUCGUCGAUCAUUCCUGUCAAAGCCAGUCCAUCCUCUUUCAUUUCCAGAACAUGCACUAGAAGCACAAGGAAAUCAAAGUCCUGUUGCCAGCGCAAGCUCCAACAAUCCUCUGCACUCUGAGUACAAGGGAACAGGAGAGGUUCGCUCUCCAGGUCCCAUGGACUAUGGCAGUGGCAAUCAUGGGGAGUCAGGAAAUUGGAGUGCUGCAAGUAGCAUGGAUCUUACUGAUGUAUCAGAACGACCUGAAGCUGAUCGAGCUGGACCACUGCGUCCUUAUAAUAUAAUGCAGAAAACAAGGUGUGACCUUUGUGAGAGGCUUUUGACUAAGAGAUCACCUUGGGGUUCUCGUCGAAUUGUGCGCACUGGAGAUUUGCCGGUUGCUGGUGUUCUCCCAUGCUCCCAUGUCUACCAUGCUGAGUGCCUGGAGCGGACAACUCCAAAGGGGCAGAAGCACGACCCUCCUUGCCCUGUGUGCGACAAGCUGGCUGGUAAAGAUACCGAGUACUGGUCAAUUUGCAGGUUAAAAAACGGAUUCCCAAGAUUGCGUUCCCUAGGGGAAGGGCCUUCUCGAGUUUGGAGCUGUGCUCAUGCUGGAGAUUGUGUUGCUGGGGCUGUCCAGAUACCAAGAUCAAAUAGCAUUGCACUAUUAACUCGGAGUGGUCACAAGAGGCAUGCCUCUUUGAAGGGGGAUCCUGGGAAAGACUUGGCUGAAACAUCAAAAAGUGCUUGCAUGUAGCUUCCUAGUGCCCUUCCGUAGGCAUUGUUGGGGUCGCAAGGUAAGAUGUAUGGGCACAGAUGUUGCCAUGGCUUGAUGGUCCGGCUAGGAAAUGACAUAGAUAUGCAUGUGUAGCUGACUAAAUUGACCUAUCAGUUAUCAGGAUUGCCACUUCUGCAUGUUGCCUUGUAUCUGUACCGAUUAUUUUUAUGGGCUGACCCUGUUCCUGAUGAUGUUGUAUCUGCUGGGAAUGUAAGAGAGUAGAACCGUGAUUCAACUGAUCUCUGUAACUACCAAUCCAGUUCUACGAGAACUGUCAGUUGCCCCUACUUUGUAACUUUCUAUGGUCAUAAUGUCGUUAAUGUUGUGGCGGAUGAA